AUGACCUCCCGUCUGGUCCUGGCCAUCGGCGACCUCUUCGUCCCAGACCGUGCACCUGUAGGUUACCUGAUACCUCUUCUCUCUACCCUAUUGGAUGCAAUGGUUCAAAUCUUGCUCCCGUUAAAGGAUCGCGAGCCUCAUAUAUUAAUGUCAAUCUCACACAAAAUAGGACCUCCCCGCAAAGGUUCGCUAAAUCACACUCUCUCAUACCCCAUCAGCCCCGCGAAUACACCUCCCACAACAACAACAACAACAACAACAACAACAACCAACCACCACCACCUGCUUCCAACACUCUGUCCAAACAUAAGCGCCCCCCACAUACUAACACACACAUCCCCCCUUAAAAUACAGUUCAAAAAACUUCUCACACCUGGUAAAAUUGGCCAAAUUCUCUGCCUCGGCAACCUCACAGACCGUGACACCUUCGAAUUCCUCCGCCAGAUCGCCCCGGACCUCCAACUCGUCAAGGGCGACUUCGACGUGGACUCCCCCAACCUCCCGCUUUCCAAGGUCGUCACACACGGCAGCUUGCGCAUUGGCUUUACCCAUGGCCACACCAUCAUACCGCCGGGCGAUGCGGAUUCCCUCCUCAUAGCGGCGCGGCAGAUGGAUGUCGAUAUCCUGCUGUGGGGAGGCACGCAUAAGUUUGAAGCGUAUGAGUUGGAAGGGAGGUUCUUUAUCAAUCCGGGGAGUGCCACGGGGGCUUUUACGACUGCGGGUGGGAUGGGGCAGGAUGAGGAAGAGCCCACGCCCAGUUUUUGUCUGAUGGAUGUGCAAGGUGACGUGCUCGUACUCUACGUCUACCAACUACGCAAGGAUGCCCAGGGUGCGGAAACCGUCACGGUCGAGAAAGUCUCGUUUCGUAAACAAGCACCCCCUCCCGUUUCAUGA